AUGCAUACGUUUCACAUCACUGUAUUAAUGUUGAUGCUCUUCCCAUUGAGCAGUGCUCGGAUUGCUUCCUACACUCGUGACUCAUGCAACUGUCCACCUGAAAUUGAUCCAGUAUGUGUUCGUGAAGGUCCACAUCAAUAUAGUUAUGCAAGCAAAUGCAUAUUUAAAUGCGCACAAGAGAAGAAUAAAGAACUUGCAAUGCUUUACGAAGGGUCUUGCUGCACCGCCAGGUACUGCAACAUGUUUGAGCCACCAGUGUGCGCUGAAGAUGGACAAAUGUACCAGUCAAUUUGCGAACUGGAGGAGCGGCAAUGUGUGGAAUACAAGCUGUAUGAUCAGCAUUUGGCAAUAGAUAGCAACCAGGACAAGUGCUCAUGUGUUGCUCCAUGCCCACAAGAAUGGAAUCCGGUGUGUGAUAAGAAUGGAAAAACUCACGCAAAUUUUUGCACAUUUUUGAAUUCGAAAUGUUUUCACAAAAAUCAGUUGAAUCAGACAAUUGAAAUUGAUUAUUCCGGUGUUUGUUGUGAGGAUAUGUGCACUUCAGGUCAAACCUCCUUAACAGUAUGCGAUUCUGAUGGCAACACUCAUACUGAUAUUUGCUCGUUUUAUGUGGAAAAAUGCCGCCAACUUCGACGAGGAGUUAUAAAGAAGCGAUUGCAAAUUGCUGGCGUCGGACCAUGCAAACCGAAAAAUCCACUUUUAACAACUUUUGACUUUUUCAUCAAUCGAUUUCCCAAUUAUCAUCCACCAAGGUACACAAGAGGUGCAUAA